AUGGCAGAUUCAAGGAGCAGGAAGCAAGCUACCCUGGGGUAUGUUCGGGAUUCCCAGUUGACUCUUGGGUGCGUCUGUAACUGGACCUCGGAUGCAUCUGGAAGUCCUAUUCGUUUGGAUGCUAACACCGGCUCAAUUAAUAGGCGAUUUUUCGGCUCGAACUCAGACCCCAAAGAAGCUCCCAAGAAGCAGACUACGCUAUCAUUUUCGAACAAGAAGAGCAAGUCUGCCAAAAAAGAUAGUGAAUCGGAAACGGCGCAAGAUCCGGAACCCGUCAAUGGACAUGGAACUAGUGGAGAUGCGAAUGGUGGUGCUGACACGGUAGACUCAGCCAUCAAGUCGAAGCAAGAGGCUGUCAAGGCAGACGAGCCUGUCGAUCAGAACAAAUUGAAGAGAGAAAACAGCAGUGAGGAUGAAGAUAGUGAUGUCCAGCCUGUCAGCAAGCGCCGCCGCAAGACAUCCCGAGGGGACGAAGCUUCCUCCUCUCCCAAACGAAAAUCCCCAUCACCUAAAAGCCCCAAGAAGCGGUCGCAGUCAAGAGAGCGCUCGCCGCCAGCUGUCAUCGAGAAGGCAUCAGGCGAGAAAACACCGCAAAAAGAAUUGAGCGUCUCGGAUGACGAAGUUGCAGAAGAGGAGGCACAGUCUGCCAGUGAGGACGAAGAGAAGCCCGAGGUGAAGAAGAAAAAGAUUGAGAAGGCUCAGGCUACGUUGAAGGCUGCUGGAAAUGAGCCUUAUCCGGAUUGGAAAGCUGGCGACCCAGUUCCGUAUGCCGCGCUCUGCACGACCUUUUCCCUUAUCGAGAUGACCACGAAGCGAUUAGUGAUCUUGGCUCAUUGCUCUCUGUUCCUUCGCCAAGUAUUGCGACUCACACCCCAAGAUCUUCUCCCUACUGUUCAACUUAUGAUCAACAAGCUGGCCGCGGAUUAUGCUGGAAUUGAACUGGGCAUUGGCGAGUCUUUGAUUAUGAAGGCUAUUGGCGAGAGUACCGGACGUAGUCUGGCAGUGAUUAAGACAGACCAACAUGAAAUCGGAGAUCUUGGCUUGGUGGCCGCCAAGAGUCGGUCUAACCAGCCAACUAUGUUCAAGCCGAAGCCAUUGACUGUUCGCGGAGUGCACGAAGGUCUCCUUGGUAUUGCCAAGGUCCAGGGCCAUGGUUCCCAGGAUAAGAAGAUUUCCGGUAUCAAAAAGCUGCUGUCGGCAGCCGACGCAGCAACAGCAGCCAAGUACAUUGUUCGAUUCUUAGAAGGAAAGCUCAGACUUGGACUGGCUGAAAAGACCGUGCUUGUUGCCCUUGCCCAAGCUGUCGUCGCACACGAGGCCGCUAUGGAGGGCCACAAGACUCCCUCUGCCGAGAAAUUGGCCGAAGGUGAGGCCAUUCUGAAGACUGUUUACAGCGAACUGCCGGCGUAUGAAGUGAUUAUACCAGCCAUCCUCGAGCAUGGCCUCUCCAACUUGCCAAAGGUUUGCAAGCUGCAGCCGGGUAUUCCCCUCAAACCCAUGCUUGCCAAACCCACCAAGUCCAUCACUGAAGUGCUUGACCGGUUUGAAGGAAAGGAGUUCACCUGCGAGUACAAGUAUGACGGGGAACGAGCACAAAUCCACUACAAAGAUGCCAAGGGUCUCAGUGCGAUCUUUUCGCGUAAUUCUGAAGACCUAUCGAAGAAAUACCCUGACGUUCUAGCCAAGCUUGAUGGCUGGAUCAAAGAGGGCGUUCAAAGCUUUGUACUAGACUGCGAGACUGUUGCUUGGGAUACGGAGAACAAGAAGGUUCUGCCAUUCCAACAACUCAUGACUCGCAAGAGGAAGGAUGUCAAAGCGGAAGAUGUCAAGGUCAAGGUUUGCAUAUUCGCCUUUGACCUUCUAUUCCUGAAUGGCGAGCCUACAGUUAAGAAGUCCCUACGAGAACGCCGUGAGCUGUUACAUGAAUCCUUUCAGGUGACUGAAGGAGAAUUCCAGUUCGCUCAGUACGGCAACACCAACGUACUGGAUGAAAUCCAGACUUUACUUGAUGACAGUGUGAAGGCAUCGUGUGAAGGUCUGAUGGUCAAAAUGUUGGACACGGAGGAAAGUGGCUACGAGCCUAGUAAACGAAGUCGGAAUUGGCUCAAGGUCAAGAAGGACUACCUCAGUGGGGUUGGUGACUCUCUCGAUCUUGUUGUACUAGGUGCCUAUCAUGGCCGAGGCAAGCGCACAUCAGUCUACGGUGCGUUCCUUUUGGCUGCGUACAACUCGAGUACACAAACAUAUGAGACGAUCUGCAACAUCGGCACAGGAUUCUCGGAAGCGGUCCUGGAAGAGUUCUACAAUGCACUCUCCCCUUUGACGAUUGAUCGGCCCAAGCCCUUCUACUCCCAUUCAAACGUACCCAAGGACCAGCCCGAUGUAUGGUUCGAACCGCGGUUAGUGUGGGAGGUCAAGACUGCGGAUCUGACGCUCAGUCCUCGAUACAAGGCAGCGGCAGAUGAAUUUAUGGGAACGACUGGGGGAGGAAAGGGCGUAUCUCUUCGCUUUCCCCGAUUCAUCAAGUCCCGAGACGAUAAGAAGCCCGAGCAGGCAACGACCACGCGGGCCGUGGCGGAGAUGUACCGCAAGCAAGAAGCGGUCCAGAAGGAGAAUGCUGGCAAGGGAGGAGUGGAUGAUGAUUUCGAGUACUGA